GAUAAUAAAGCAUCUGGUGGUCAGUUACCAUAUUAUUCUGGUGGUUCAAAACGUACUCAGCAAUACAAGAAUAAAAGAUUACGGGAGGUGGCACAAGGAUCAAUGAGUUUGGACAAUUUUUUUAAACCUGUAAAAAAAUUAGAAGUUAAAUAUGAAAUGUUAGACUCAGAUAUAAGCGAUUCAGAUAUAGAAAAUAACAGUUCUAUUUCAGAGAAAAUAAAUAAAUUAAGUAAUAAUCUCAAAGAUAUGAAAAAUAUGAAUGCUUAUGAAUAUCACUGUCUUCUUGCUGUGCAUAAAUACCUUGCUGCAAUCUUCAAUCAUGAAGAGUCACAUUCCCGUGUAAAACUAAGUCUUGAAAUAUCACAACAAGUUUUUCAACAUGCAAGGACAACGAAAUACAUACCAACUCUUAUUGGUGAUAAGGAUAUACAAAGUUCUUGCUUGCGUUUUAUCCAUACUAUGGGUGAAAGAAUAACUAUUGAAAAAUUUCAGAAUUAUGUUCAGAACAAUAUUUUACCACAUAUUACCAGUUCUCGUACUUCAAUUUCAUUAGAGACAGCUCGAACUUGGCUUUAUUGUCUUGGCCUCGUAUAUCAACAGCAUCAACAAGGUAUUUACUACGAUGGGCACGAACGUCCUGAUAUUGUACAAUAUCAUGCAAUAUUUCUUGAAAAAAUGAAAGAUCUUGAAACUUUAAUGCUACAAUUUGUUGGUGAAAAUAUGGAAAUAAUUAUUAACCCUGAAAUAA